AUGGCGGAACAACCACCGCGUGGUCGUGUGGACCACAAUAUGUCGCCACCACGUUCCUCCUCCUCCUCCUCUAUUCAUCCGGAUCAAGCACCGCCGCCGUUGCAAACUCGCCCUUCGUCGCGCGCCUCGAGUGGUAUACAAGCGCCGCCGAUGGCCGUACCAGUCAUGCCUUACGGCUUGAAUCCCUCGACUGGUCAGCAGGCUCAGCAGGUUCCUGCUGCUGCGAACAUGAUGGGACCGCCGCCUCUGCAGCAACCAACGCGCAGUGUCCAGGCGAGUGGCACCAACCCAUACAGCCCAGGCUCCUCAAGUGGUCAACACAUUCAACCUGUACCUCCGACCCCAAGUAUGAUGGGACCGCCGCCUCUCCUCCACUCAGCUGGUGCUAUGCCGGCAAAUGGGCCCAUGCCAUAUUCUUUUCUGGACCAUCCAAUGUCAAGAGGACCAGCGCCAUUCAUCGUUCCCCACGGCAUGAUGGUGGGUGCACCGAACGACAUUUUGGCGUCUCCCGACAUUUGGCCUUCUCUGGGCAUGACUCCACCAGGAACGCCGCUUCGCAGACAGCCAGCUGGCGGGCAACCAUAUGGUGCGCGCUCGGUGUCGCCAGCGCAGGAACAUCCAGGUAAUACGAGCAGCUGGAUGGGUUCUGGUCGAGGCUUCGGUGGCAUAAGAAUACCUGCAGCAAUUCCGACGCACGUCGCAACUGCUCGGCGUGUUGCUGCAGCGCGUAGUGGCCGCGCCUCGCCUUCCAACGCGAACAAUCGCCAGCGGAACCCACGACCAUUUCCUACAGUCGUUACUGGUCCAGAUCCGCCGAGCGGCAGCUCGUCGCAAGAGGAUCGAAGAAUUCCCAGCACUCUCCACAAUGCGUCUCCACAGCGUCCUCAGAAUUAUUUGCAGCAUCAAUUUCGACCACCAGCGGCCGCUAUUAACAGUCCGCAUCCACAGAACGGCAUCUCGUUCCAAGAGAAUCAAAUAUUGCCCACAACUACCCAGAGUGCACCGCCGUCGGAUCAAUCAUCUCCCCAAGCUCGUCAGAAUCCUUUGCCGCAGCAGUUUCAACACCCAGUCACCGCGAUGAACAAUUCAGAUCCACAGAACAGCAUGUUGCCGCCAGAGAGUCGCGGACCUCCUACCGAUACCCAGCAUGCAUCGCCAAAUGAUCAUGCAAAAUUCCUUGCCAUGAUCAACUCCUCGUCACAGUCAGAUGGGCAGAAUCCCCAAGGCGAACCAUUCGCGUCGUCAAGUCUGCAACGAAGAGCAGACAAUAUCAUUCCUGCAUCGGAGCCGGCACGCAAGCGACCAAGACUGGACGGCGCCUUCAGCCCAGCAGAGCCAAGCAGCGGCAGCGACUUGCCAGCUAGGUGUGCCGAUGAGACCAGCGGCGCCGGAGCUGCUGCUCCUCAAGGCCUUCCACCGCAGCGACCACGAGUAGACGGCGCUCUCAGCGCAGCAGAGCCAAGCAGCGGCAGCGACUUGCCAGCUGGGUCUGCCGGUGAGGUCAGCGGCGACGGAGCUGUUGUUUCUCAAGGUAAUCCACCGCAGCAACCACGAGUAGACGGCGCUCUCAGCGCAGCAGAGCCAAGCAGCGGCAGCGACUUGCCAGCUAGGUGUGCCGAUGAGACCAGCGGCGCCGGAGCUGCUGCUCCUCAAGGCCUUCCACCGCAGCGACCACGAGUAGACGGCGCUCUCAGCGCAGCAGAGCCAAGCAGCGGCAGCGACUUGCCAGCUGGGUGUGCCGAUGAGACCACCAGCGACGGAGCUGCUGUUCCUCAAAGCCCUCCACCGCAGCCACCAAGCUUGCAAGAUUUCUUGCGGAGGCGACAGGAGAACGCUCGCGCAGAAGGAAGGACACCAGCGGUCAUUCGAGACGCGCCUCUCACGCAAAAUAUCCAGGAGCUAUUGCCGCUAGAUGGCACCUGCCCAGCCUGCGGCAUCAACCUAGGCAGUUCCACCCACCCAGCCCAACUCGCCGCAAGAAUCUCCCACCUCGAAAACUGCAUCCAAAGAAUCUACUCCGACCACCCUUCCGAAGCCCCUCCCCUCCCCCUCACCGAUUUCUGGAGCGACGAACAAAAAGCCCGAAGUCUCUGCACCUCCGACAUGGAAAUCGACCUCGUGUCCAACCGAAUCCUUCAACAAGAAGACUUCCGCGACGCCACAAACGUCUACCUCCACCCAGCCACCACCCACGCUUGGAAGACAGAAAAACUUCCCAAAUUCCUGGAAGUUGAAGCGGAGAUUUUGAAGAUGGAUCAGUAUUUUCCGAUGCGGGCGGAGACGAGGGAGGUGGCUUUUAAGAGGAUGGAGGCGAAGGAGAAGGCGAGGAAGGCGAGGAAGGAGGUUUUGAAGAGGGCUUUGAAGGAGGGUGGGAAGGGGGGUGUUACGCUUGCGAAGGAGUCGAUGGGGAAUCGUGGAGAGUAG